ACAACUCAUGCGCUCCUUCUACAAUAGGUAAGGAGAGAGAGAAAGAGAGAGCAAGACAUAUAUACAAGGAGAGAGAGAAAGAGAGGGAGACAGAUUGACUGUGUUUGGGUUAGAAAGACAGUGAGAAAAGAGGGUCAGAGAGAGAAGGGAGAAAGGACAGAAAAGAGAGAGGCAGCAAGAGGGUAUAACUGAUUUAAGUCCUGUGAAUGAGGUGUUGAGUGAGAGGCACAGGGAUUAGGAUAGUAAAGAUAAAUACACAUACGUAGAGAAGGAAAGUGAUGCAGAUGCAAAACCUGAGUGGUGCUCAAAGUUAUAUUGUGGACAACCUGCGCUGUUCAGAUAGACAUUAAGGGGCUUUGGGGCAGAUACAGGAGAUCUGGAAACCUCUCUUGAUCACACCUGCCACUUAAAGCAUCGAAAGAGUGUGACGAGACAGGAACCCCCACAGGUGUAGACAGACAGGUGGACGGUAAGACAUGCUGCCUGUGCUUCUGCUCCUCUGCGUGGCUGAAGGAGCUUGGGGAUCCAACCCUGGAGUCUGGGGGUACGGACGGAUCCAGGACAGGCAGGGCUCGGGGACACCCAUGUGCCCAUCCCCGUGUCAGUGUGAAGAAGAUGGGAUCUUCGUCAUGGUGGACUGCUCAGAGUUGGGACUAUCAUCUGUGCCAACCAACCUCAGCCCUCUCACUACAUACCUGGAUCUGAGUAUGAAUAAUAUCAGUGAGAUCCAGCCCAGAGCCUUCCACCGACUGCACCUGUUAUCAGAACUGCGUAUCUCAGGGAAUCAGCUGAGGUAUAUCUCAGGUCACGCUCUCCAGGGUCUCCACAACCUCAAAGUUCUGAUGCUGCAAAACAACCAACUGGAGAGACUUCCUCACGAUGCUCCAUGGGAUCUACCCAACCUUUUGUCCCUGCGUCUCGAUGCUAACCUGUUGUCUGAGGUUCCGGCUGGGGCCUUUCAAGGGGUACGCUCCCUUCGACACCUGUGGUUGGACGACAACUCCUUAACAGACAUCCCAGUGACAGCCUUGGACUCACUGCCCUCCCUUCAGGCCAUGACCCUGGCCCUCAACCAGAUCACACACAUCCCAGAUUAUGCAUUCACCAACCUCUCCGCCCUUGUCGUACUGCAUCUCCAUAACAACCAGAUCCAGAGCAUGGGCGCGAGAUGUUUUGAAGGUUUACACAGUCUGGAGACAUUGGAUUUAAACUACAAUGAUCUGCAGGAGUUUCCUUUGGCCAUUCGGACACUGAGCAAGCUUCAGGAAUUGGGCUUCCAUAACAACAAUAUCAAAGCCAUCCCUGAGCGGGCCUUUGUGGGAAAUCCUCAGCUCCAAACAAUUCAUUUCUAUGAGAACCCCAUCCAGUUUGUGGGAAAAUCCGCUUUCCAGUUCUUACCUAAAUUACACACACUUUCCCUGAAUGGAGCAACCCAGAUUCAAGAGUUUCCUGAUCUGAAAGGAACCACCAGCCUGGAAAUUCUGACGCUGACUCGGGCCGGUCUCUCCUCUCUCCCUCUGGAUCUGUGUGAGCAACUGCCUCGCCUCAGAGUGCUGGAGCUAUCUUACAACCAGAUAGAGGUUCUGCCCAGCUUUUACCACUGCUCCGCACUGCAAGAGAUAGGGCUACAACAUAACCAGAUCAGGAGGAUAGAAUCAAGUACUUUCCAUCAGCUCACUUCUUUAAGGGCACUUGAUCUCAGCUGGAAUAUGAUUGAGUGGAUCCACCCAGAUGCUUUUGCCUUUCUUCACUCUUUGAUCAAACUGGAUCUGACUGAGAACCGCCUCAGCUCACUACCGGUUGCAGGUCUGGGCGGUCUCACCCACCUCAAGCUAAGAGGAAACACAGAAUUAUAUGAUGCCUUCAGUCCAGAUCACUUCCCUCGUAUUAGAGUGAUAGAGAUGCCUUAUGCCUACCAGUGUUGUGUGUAUGGUUCCUGUGAUAGUUACAAAUCAGUCAGCCAGUGGGACACAGAACAGAGCAACACUGAUGAGGACUUGCAUAAGAGGACUGUCCCUAUGUACCCCAUCCACACUGACACAAACUAUGACCCUGACCUGGAGGAGUUCCAGCUGGAAAUUGAGGAAUCUAAACUGCAGACCAGUGUUCAAUGUACACCUGUUCCAGGUCCUUUCCGUCCUUGUGACUCUCUGCUGGGCAGCUGGCUGGUUCGUGUGGGGCUGUGGUCCAUUUCCCUGGUGUCUCUGCUGGGGAACUCCCUCUUGCUCCUAUCUCUUUUCGGCUCACCUGGAUACCUCUCGCCUCUUCGGUUCACUGUGGCCUGCAUGGGUGCUUCCAACCUGCUGACGGGUGUGUGUACGUGCACCCUGGCCCUUGUUGAUGCCCUAACCUUUGGAGAAUUUGGUCAUCACGGUGCCCGCUGGGAGGGCGGUCCUGGUUGUCAGGCGACAGGAUGGGUCUGGGUGUUUGCAUCUGAGGCGAGUGUGUUGCUGUUGACUCUGGCAGCUGUGCAAUGCGGUGUGAGUGUGACAUGUGCUCUUCCUAACUGUCUUUACCGUGAAAUACCCCCGUCCAUCUCCUUCUCUGGGUCUGGAUUCAUGGCUACCUACCAGAUAGGGGUUGCGCAGUGCUUCCUAAAUUACGCCCCUUGGAUACUUCGUGCAGCCCCUUGUGUCCUUGGUGCAUCUGCUGGGUCCUUGGUGGCAGCUGCUGUGGUCUGCGACAUGAGUUUGAUUAACAUUCGGGAUGAGAUGCUGCAGUUUGCAAAAAAAUUGACGGCAACCACACUUGGCCCUUUGAACCCCUCAGUAAAUGUUUUCCACUGGUUAGAGUGCAUUCUGCGUCAAUAUAUACCUCCAGAUGCUCACCAACGGGCCCAUGGACGUCUUGCUGUAGCCAUGACGCGCAUAACAGAUGGCAAGCACAUUGUCAUAUCUGAAUAUCAGUCCAAAGAAGAUGUAAUACAGGCUCUACUCUGUAGCUGUUUCGUGCCUGGGUACUGUGGUGUGCAACCUCCAUCCUUCAAAGGCGAACAUUAUGUGGAUGGAGGGUUCACUAGUAUGCAGCCAGUGCUGUCCCAGAAUCACACUUUGACGGUGUCCCCGUUCUCUGGGGACAUGGACAUCUGUCCUGCAGACACACCCUGCAUGUGGGACAUGGUAGUGAGUGGAACCACACUGAGGGGCAACAUUGCAAACAGUUUCAGAGUGAUCAAUGCGCUAUACCCCAUGGCGUUAGAGACUCUAGAACAAGCCUACCACAGUGGCUACAAAGAUGCCAGUCAUUUCCUUCUGACUAAUGAUAUUGCUCCAUAUUCAAUGGUGAUACAUCACGUAUCCCUGGGGCAUCAUAACUAUAACCAAAUUAAAAUGAGGCCACAUCUGGAAGCCACCAAAGAGGAAGAAGAGCAUGUGAAAUUGGAAAAGGCAACGUCUGCUCUGAAGUCAUUCACAGAGAAUAAAUGCGUAAAGACAGACAGUUCGACGGAGCAUGAGUCAACCUGCAAAUCAACAUCAAAUGUCAAAAUGGAGAGUGGAAAAGAAACCAGUCUCUAUUUUGAUUUGAUAACGAAUGUUUUGCUGGGCAAUUUGGUGACCUAUAUGAGCAUGUUCAGCUUGCCCAUGAGAGUAUUUUCCUUCCUGCUCCUUCCGCUCACGUUGUUAUUCUACACCAUACUCCAGAGCAGGCAGAGACUGGAGUUGUGGUUCAGGCUGGCUCCAGAGUGGAUGUUCUGGUCUUGGCACGGCGUGAGACAUUUCUGCCUCUUCUUUUACAAAAUAGUUGUCUGUACCAUCAGGAAAAACAUCCAGGACAGGACUAUGCCCAUCAUCCUGCUGUUUCAGUGGCUCAAUAUUCAUACAAAAUAUGAGAGCAUACAGAGGAAGAAUCACUCUACACUUUUUCUGAAGUUUCCCUCUUUUUCUCACUCGGAAGAUCGGAAGAUGAGCACAAAUCUUCCAUCCCACCAUGAAAAUGACGCAACAGUGACAGAACUAUUACACUGAAUUUACUGAAACAGGCCACAAAGAAAAAAUGAAAUAUUUUUUUCUUUAUACAGUUUGUGCAUGUUGUAACAUAGGAAAAGCACAGAUUUGAUAUAUUCUAAGAUGAUAAACAUUGUAAAAUACAAAUAUAAACAUAACCACAUGUUACAUAGCUAAAUUGUUUGUUCACAGCUGUGGUGCUUGAUUGUAUUUUGGUGCUAUUGAGCAAAAUUUCAAUAACUACUUGUCAGAAUAUAGUAGCUUAAGUGAUGUGACAGGAAAUAAAAAAUCUACCUACUUUUGUGGAGUUUCAAGCUGUAAAAAAAAAAUCUAGCCAUAAUGCAGAUUUUGGGUCAUCACAGAUGUUUCUGAUAAGCAGGAGUAAAUAUGUGAUUGACAGCUAUAAUUACUGAUCGCUGAUCAGUUUCAGUCUCUACUCCAUGACCUGAAAUGGAAGCUUGGACAUUUGCAUCUCCUCCCAGAGACAACAACAGGUCUUAUAUAUUUCUAUUCAGUAUGUGAUUUGGUGGAGAAUAUUGUGAAUUUUUUUCUCAAUUUCUCCUCUUGCAGUUUUGAGGUGAUAUUAGGUGAAGUCAGACCAAGUCUCAACUGGACUCAAUCCACAAAAACAUUCAUGGAAGGUAAAUUCUCCUAUCAGUGCCCUUGACCGAGGUACUGGUUUAGAUAUGGAGUUGGUCACACAGUGGAUGCCCACUGCUCCUGAUGGGAUGCCCUCUCGGGUACUGGAAUGGGUUAGGAUGAGCCUGGAACUUGUGCUUAAUUUGUUCCAGGUAAGAACAUGUUUGUAAAACUACAGUGUGGUUACAGUUAAACUGCCAAAAGAUGGAUCUGUGUUUCUUAGUGAUUAAUAGGUUUUGCUCUAAAGACCAUUCAUUUUGUGUCAACUGAUGAUGUAUUUUACAGUCCUUUGUGACUUAAUAAAACAAUAAUUGACUGCUGAAGAAAGUGAGGAUGUCAGUGGUUCAUCAGCUGACUUGUGUGAGGAAGGAAAGUCAUGCAUUCAACUAGUAAUACAGUUUUACACUCCUGAAAAUAACAUUUGUGGGUUGACCCCAGUGACAGUUUUGCUUUAGGGCACUGGGGUGUUCCUAAUUUCCCACUUACUUGGGAAGUAAUAACUAGUCCUGUGAUUUCCCAUUUUAACACUGAACUCAUUCAGUCUUCUCCUUUUCAAGUGUACAUUUUAUAAAACUGUAGAUCAGCCUUAUGUUGAGCUCCAGUAUGUCCCUAUUUGCCU